UGUCACUCAAAAGGCAUUUAAAUGGCUACACUGUACAGGGCUACAUAAUUGCACUGUACAAAACACCGAUACAGGUUUGCCUUUUAAUUUAUGCAUGCAUUUUAGUAAAGUGUUUUUCGAAACUGCUAAUGCAGUUUCUUGUCAUGCCCUCGUAGCCUUGAAGUGGUUUUCCUUUGGGCUGGUGUCUGUUUAAUCUCGAGUUGAGCGAAGAGUGCAAUAAAACAAAUAUGAACGAAGAGGAAGAGGCUUCUCAGGCGACGAGACAGAGGUUUGAGGAUCUCUGCAGGGCGCUGAAUAUGGACGAGGCGGCCGGCGAUGAAGCCUGGAGGAAUUACGAAAAAAUCAACAAAAACUACACCUUAGAGGGCAGCGAGCUCCACUGGCUGGCCUGCUCUCUGUACGUGGCCUGCAGGACGGCCGUCCCCACUGUGGGCAAGGGCACGGCGGAGGGGAACUACGUCUCGCUGACCAGGAUCCUGCGCUGCUCUGAGCAGAGCCUGAUUGAGUUUUUCAGCAAGAUGAAGAAGUGGGAGGACAUGGCCAGCCUGCCCCCGCACUUCCGCGAGCACACCAGGAAGCUGGAGAGGAACUUCACCGUCUCCGCCGUCAUCUUCAAGAAGUACGCCCCCAUCUUCCAAGACAUCUUCCGGGACCCCUCCCAGGACCCCCCGCGGGUGCAGAGGAGCCGCAAGCAGCGCAGACGCCACCCCUGCACCGUGUCGGAGGUCUUCAGCUUCUGCUGGAUCUUGUUUGUUCACGCCAAGGGGAACUUCCCCAUGAUCAGUGAUGACCUGGUGAACUCUUAUCACCUGCUGCUGUGUGCGCUGGACCUGGUGUACUGCAACGCCCUUCUGUGCCCUGGACGCAAGGACCUGCUCAACCCUGGAUUUAAAGGUCUGCCCGAAGAGUUCGGCAGCAAGGACUACAAGCCCGGCCCAGGCCCGCUGGGCUUCAUCGAGAAGCUGUGUGAGCUGCAUGACGGCCUGGUGCUGGAGGCCAAGGGGGUGAAGGAGCACUUCUGGAAGCCUUUCAUCAAGAAACUCUUUGACAAGAAGAUUUUAAAGGGAAAGGAAGAAAACCUAACCGGUUUUUUGGAUCCAGUGAAUUUUGGAGACAGCUUCGCAGCUCUGAACAGAGUGUAUGAGGAGCACGUGUUGGCGACAGGGAGCCUGGACGAGAGGAUAUUCCUGGCAGAGGACGCCAGCGAGGAAAUUGGCACACCUGGGCAGCACCACUGCGUGGGGGCAGCAGAAGCCAUGGAUCACAGCACUGAGGCUCACAGCCAGAGCAGAGCCCACGCCAUGCGUCUCUCCACGCCGCUCACCGGCCGCCGGUACGUCCGGGAGAGCAGCCAGCAGGGCACGCCUGUCUCCAUGGCGACGCAGAGCGUGAGCCGACUCCACGGCCUGCUCAGCGGGCUGAAACACGGACCCAGCGCCAAGCUGGCGCAGGCGCUCAGGUCGUGCGCCAGAGACCCUACCCUGGUAAUAACCAGCAGAGUCAAAGAGAUGUUUGAAACAUUCUGCCUUCGCUACAGCGGGAAAGGAGAAGGGAAUGCCAGCCUGUUCAAGGACCUCACUGUGAAGUAUUUCCGCCUGGCUGAAGCGCUGUACUACAAAACGCUGGAGACGGUGAUUGAUCAGGAGAGGAAGAGGCUGGGGGACACCGACCUCUCUGGCAUCCUGGAGCAGGACAUAUUCCACCGCUCGCUGCUCGCCUGCUGCCUGGAGGUGGUCAUCUUCUCCUACCGGCCCCCGGGAGAGUUCCCCCGCGUCCUAGAGAUCUUCCACCUCCCGCCGUACCAGUUCUAUAAGGUGAUCGAGGUGCUGGUGAGGGCGGAGGAGGGGCUGUUCCGCGAGGCGGUGAAGCACCUGAACCAGGUGGAGGAGCAGGUCCUGGAGAAGCUGGCCUGGAAGGGGGAGUCGCCAUUGUGGGAGAGCAUCCGGGAAGCAAAGAACAGGGCUCCGGCCUGCCAGGAGGUGAUGCAGCCUCAGCACCUUGAGAGCACGGAGAGCCCCAGUGCCUCCAACACCCCUGUGACACCAAGCAGGCUCAGCGAGAUCCGUGCGGGGAAAGGGGCGUCAGUGUCUCCCGCCACCCUCCACGACCGCUACCGCUCGCCCCCGGCGGGCACCGCGCGGAGGAGGCUGUUCCUGGACAGCGACUCCACCCCCGAGGCCGGCAGUCCAGCCAGAGCCCCCCAGGCCCCUCUCGUGAGCAGCGUGCCCGUGCAGAGCAUCGCCGCCGAGGCCAUCUCCAUCACCCCCGUGCCUGGGCAGACCGUGGUCACCAUGGCGACCGCCACGGUCACCGCCAACAACGGCCAGACAGUCACCAUACCGGUGCAAGGUAUCGCCAACGAGAAUGGCGGCAUCACCUUCAUCCCUGUCCAGGUGAGCAUGCCCAGCCAAGCGGCGGGCGUUGGGGGCUCCCUCCAGCCGCUGACGGCCCAGACUCUCUCUGGAACUCUAACCACGCAGCAGCUCAGCGGUGUGGCCUCGCAGGUCUCCACGCAGAACACGCCGCCCGUGGGGCAGCAGGCCAAGGCACCUGCAGCUCACAGCCCAGCUGAAAACAAGCCCAGGAAGACCGGCUCCCUGUCCCUGUUCUUCCGGAAGGUGUACCACCUGGCCAGUGUACGUCUGCGGGACCUGUGUGCCAAGCUGGACAUCUCCGCCGAGCUGCGGAGGAGGAUCUGGACAUGCUUUGAGUAUUCGCUGGUCCACUGCACUGACCUCAUGGUGGACAGGCACCUGGACCAGCUCCUCAUGUGCGCCAUCUACGUCAUGGCCAAGGUGACCAAAGAAGACAAGUCAUUUCAGAAUAUAAUGAAGUGCUACAGGACACAGCCCCAGGCCAACAGCAGUGUGUACCGCAGCGUGCUGAUCUCCAGGCGGAGGCGGCGGAGCUCCAGCAGCAGUGACAGCAGCGCGAGACACAGCUCCCCCAGCGAGGCUGUCCGAGAGCAUGCCAGCAGGGACUCCAGCCCCGUGCCCAUGCGCUCCAGCAGCACCCUGCCCGUGCCGCAGGCCAGCAGCGCCCCCCCCACGCCCACCCGCUUGAGCAGCGCCCCCCCCGGGCAGGAGGAGGAGCAGGAGGAGGAGCGGGGUGACCUCAUCCUCUUCUACAACAACGUCUACGUCAAGCACAUCCGCGACUUCGCUCUGCGCUACUCGCCCGUCUCUCUGGCCGCACCAGGGACCGAGGCUCCGCCGCUGUCGCCGUACCCCGCCGUGAGAACGGUGUCCCCCCGCAGGGUCCUGCUCUCCCAGAACCACUCCAUCUACCUCUCCCCCCACAAGAACACCAGUCCUCUGUCGACCCGGGACAAGAUCUUCUACUACAUCAGCAGCAGCCCCUCCAAGAAGCUGCGCGAGAUCAACAGCAUGAUCAAGACCGGCGAGACGCCCACCAAGAAGCGCGGCCUGCUGCUGGAGGAGGGCGGCCAGUCGCCAGCCAAGCGGCUGUGCCAGGACAACCAGACGGCCCUGCUGCGCCGACUGCAGGACGUGGCCAACGACCGGGGAUCGCACUGAGGGCCCGGCUCCCCGGAAUCGGGGUACCCCCGGCCCUGACCGGUGCCGACCUCCCUCAGGCUGGAGGUCUGGGAGCUCCCCAGCACUGUGCAAGCCUGUUGCCCUGCACUCCUCUGCAGCGUGGGAGUCCUUGCGGUCUGAAAGUGAGGUCAGGAAAAGGUCACGGUGCUCAUACCAGCAAGGCGCAGGGUCUGGGUGCAGGGGGAAGAGACCAGAAAACCCUGCAGCCCUGAGAGACCAGACUCUAAAGGGAUGCUGCGCUGGUGUGCGUCAGGUGCUGUGGUGUAACUAGAACGCUUUUUAGCAGCAGGAUUGUUACAUCUGUGCUUCACAACAUGCAGUAGACUUUGAACUCUUCCUGCGUUUUAAUGAACUGAAAUGCCUUUAUCAUGACUGUCGUGUGGGAUGAGACAACCUCUCCCCUCUUUCAUUCUCGCAGGCUCACCCAUUAACUGUGUGUCAACCUUUCUACCUGGUUUUAAAAA